CGACCACUACCCCGGAUUGCGACCGCGACUCCGACUGCGACCCGGGUCGCGACCCCCACCCGUCCCACCGGCAUGGCCCGGCACGUGUUCCUGACGGGGCCCCCAGGAGUUGGAAAAACAACAUUGAUCCAGAAAGUCAGUGAGAUUUUAAAGUCCUCUGGCGUGUCCGUUGAUGGAUUUUAUACAGAAGAAGUCAGACAGGGAGGGAGAAGAAUAGGAUUCGAUGUCGUCACAUUAUCCGGCACACGGGGACCUUUAUCUCGAGUUGGGUCAGAGCCUCCACCUGGAAAACGUGAAUGCCGAGUUGGGCAGUAUGUGGUAGAUCUGACUUCCUUCGAGCAGUUGGCGCUUCCGGUCUUGAGGAAUGCAGGUUCCAGCAGUGGCCCAGGGCAGAGAGUGUGUGUCAUCGAUGAGAUUGGGAAAAUGGAGCUCUUCAGUCAGCCUUUCAUCCAGGCUGUUCGUCAGACACUGUCCACCGCAGGCACUGUAGUCCUUGGCACAAUCCCAAUCCCUAAGGGGAAACCGCUGGCCCUUGUGGAAGAAAUAAGAAACAGAAACGACGUUCAAGUGUUCAGUGUCACCAAGGAAAACAGAAACCACCUUUUGCCAGAUAUUGUGACGUGUGUGCAGAGCAGCAGGAAGUGACAAGGAUUUGUGUUCUGCUUUUCUGCACGUUGUGCAUAUGAUUUGGGUAAAUUACGAAAUGAGAAAUGGUUUUCAGAGUAUUAGAUGGAAUUUGCCCCCAUUGAAGUUUAUACAUGUGUCCAGGGAAGGGGGAGGAAAGAGUCCACUGCCUAAUCAAUUUUGUGUGUCAUGAAAAUUAACU